UCAUUCAAUUGACAGUGACAGAUAAUUUUACGUGGCUGGUUAAACUAAACUAAAACUAUUUUGGCCUGGUUCUGGCUUUAAAUUAUAACAUUUCUCCUCGGAUAGAUGGAAUAGUAAUAUUUAUUACCAAUAGCACUUAAAAACCAAUUAACAUUAUGGGCCUUUGCAAGUGUCCCAAAAGGCGGGUCACCAACCAGUUUUGUUUCGAGCAUCGAGUAAAUGUUUGUGAAUACUGUAUGGUGACUAACCACCCUAAGUGUAUCAUUCAAUCUUAUCUUCAAUGGUUGCAAGACAGUGAUUACAACCCCAUAUGUGAAAUUUGUACAAAAAGUUUAAGUGAAGGAGAGUGUAUUCGUUUAACUUGUUAUCAUGUUUUCCAUUGGACAUGUGCAGAAGCUCGAUAUAGAGCUCUGCCGCGCACUACAGCGCCGGCCGGCUACCAGUGUCCGUCCUGCGCUUCUCCUGUGUUUCCUCCACCGAACCUAGUAUCCCCGGUGGCUGAUGUUUUAAGAGAAAAACUAGCAGGAGUUAACUGGGCUAGAGCAGGACUUGGACUUCCAUUGCUUUCGGAUGAUCAAGAUUUAAAAGGAGCAGCUGCUCGAAGAAGCCAAUCACCAAUUGACCAUUCCCAAUACUAUUCUAGUACUGUUGACAGUCAAAGGGGCACACCAGUUGGAGCUAGUGAUGAUGAGUCAACUGGUAGAUCAGCUAAUAGCACCCCACAUUCCAUUGUGCAAAUACCUGAUGACCCAGUCAACAUUUAUGAUAACACUUCCAUAAAACGAACAGAUAGUUUACAAGCUGGUCAAGCACCAAGGAAGUCUUUCAAAUCAAUUGACAAUUCAAAGGCCACAGUAAACUUUGAUCAUGAUGAAAACAAAUAUAAACAGAAAUCUACUUUUGCUUGGAUUAGUAGGUGGUGGAAAAAUACACUGCCAACAUCUAGAGUGCGUAGAGCUGGAGGCAUUUACAAAAGAUCUUGGAUUCUCCUUUUUAUUGUUGUUGCUGUAGUUAUUGUACUAAUAUUGCUCAGUGGUAGAGAUGUAGAUGAAGAGAGUCCAUUUACAUUUGUCAAAGAUGAAGACAGAAGAAUUCUGCAGAAAAACUAAAAUAAGUUGCUAUACACAAUAAUAAUUUAUAUGUAAAAUCAAUCAUUUUAAAACUGCAUAAACCUAUUAGGGAAUUAAAAAUAUUUAUAAACUUAAAAA